AUGAAUUGGAAAGGAAGUGGAAAAAUAUCCUAUCGAGAUAUCACUAGCCUAGAGUCCCAUUUAGAUAAGGGAGUGAUGUUCCCAUUUAUAGAUCCUACUGGGAUAUCGAAAGGGAUUGAUGAUACUGCUUACUUUAGAGAAGAUGAGAAGAAUGACGAAAUAGUUGGUCGUGUUGUUGCUCUGAUUAAUGCGAAUCAAGACUGGACACAAUUCACUUGGAACUUGAGGGGGAAGCGCAAGAUAAAUGAUCCUGGUUCCGAGUCUAGAAAGAAGCACAUGCUUUGUCAACGGGCGGCUGAACAUAACAGUGGUGUAUCAAGUGAAAUGAAGACUUUCAUGGAAGGUUUGUUGACCUCUUCUUUCACCUCUUUAAAGGAAGUGCUGCAGAAGGACAUACAAGAGAAAUUUCACAAGGUCAACAAUGAAAUAGAUCAGCUCUCACCCAGCUCUCACCUUACGGGUCCUUAA